AUGUACAAGGCCGUCAUCCUGCCGACGCUACUGUACGGAGCGGAGACCUGGACGGUGUACACGAGGCAGGCACGUCGACUAAACCACUUCCACCCCAGCUGUCUCCGCCGCAUCCUGAGGCUGAACUGGCAGGACCGCAUCCCCGACACCGAAAAGCUGGAACGGACGGGAAUUCUGAGCAUCUACUCCAUGUUGAGACAAGUGCAGCUGCGCUGGAGCGGCCAUCUGGUGCGCAUGGACGACGAGCGACUACCCAAACGACUCUUCUACGGAGACGUCGCGACGGGUUCUCGUCGUCAAGGAGGCCAAAUUCGCCGUUACAAAGAUACUCUGAAGUCCUCCCUGAAGCGCCUGCACAUCAACCCGACCAACUGGGAAGAGCUCGCCCGCGAUCGUCCGACAUGGAGGAGAACAGUGAAGACGGGCGCUGCUAUCUACGAAGCCAACCGCAUCGCCGCCGCCAAAGUGAAACGCGAAGUCCGCAACUCACAACUUCGCCCAAUACGCAACGCCGCCGCACAACCUCUCCCUACGUGUCCUCGAUGUCAACGGACAUUCCGGGCACGAAUCGGACUUGUUGGACAUCUUCGAACCAACUGCACCUCUCGAACUGCUCCAGCCAUCGUCCCCGCGCCCGCCUCUUCCUCGUCCUCUCUUCCGCCAACUAACUCUGACACUCCUUCUGCACCACCACUUCCAUCCUCCUCCUUCUCCUCCACUGCCCCAGCGGUGGCCGUUCAGGCUGCCGUCUCACACAUCGCCAACCACGACACAGCAACCGCAACCACCCCCACCUGCCCUCACUGCGACCGCACCUUCACCUCACACAACGGCCUGGUCGGUCACUUGCGAAUCCAUCGCACAGAGUCUGGCGAACCAGUGCCUGGAGCACCAACCUACACUCACCGCACUCGCCUCCACUGCCCACACUGCCCUCGCACCUUCACGCAUCGCAUGGGUCUAUUCGGCCACAUGCGCAUCCACGAGAUCGGCAUUGACCGCAAUUCCGAUACAGCCACGACAUCCAACACGCCCAGACCCAUCCUCGCCCCACCGUCACACGCGCCGACCACCACCACCGCCACCACCAACACCACUGCUUCCUCUACAGCUGACACCGAUACCGCCAACCUCUCAUGCCCACAUUGUCCACGCACCUUCAUCUCACGCAUCGGCCUGUUCGGUCACUUGCGAAUCCAUCGCACAGAGACUGGCGAACCAGUGCCUGGAGCACCAACCUACACCCACCGCACUCGCCUCCACUGCCCACACUGCCCUCGCAACUUCACGCAUCGCAUGGGUCUAUUCGGCCACAUGCGCAUCCACAACGACCUGCGGUAG